AUGGCUGACUUUUCUCUUUAUUCUAUAAAUGCGAUAUUGAUAUUGGAUAACGAAGGCAAACGAUUAUUUGCCAAGUACUACACUCCAAUUCAUUCUACAGAACCAGCUCCAUUUCCAACUUUGAAAUCUCAAUUGGCAUUUGAAUCAUCAUUGUUUUCCAAGACUUACAAAUUAAAAUCAGACAUAAUUUUAUUCGAAAACCAGGUUGUUGUUUACAAGGAGAUUUCAGACAUAAUCAUAUAUAUAAUUGGAAAUAUCGACGAAAAUGAGGCAUGUUUGUACCAGGUUUUGAUAGGACUAAGAGAUGCUCUAGAUGUUGUAUUAAGACAUGCUAUUGAUAAAAAGUCAGUUCAGGAAAACUAUGACUUUGUAUGUUUGGCUAUUGAUGAAACCUGUGAUGAUGGUAUUAUUUUGGAAACAGAAGGCUCAGUAAUUGCUUCCAGAGUUUCAACAAGACCCAGUGCUGAAACUCCUUCAUUAAGAAAUAUUGAAUUAUCUGAAAAAGGCGUAAGUAAAUUAAUGUCCUUUUUAUUUUAA